CACCGGCCAGCGGCCAUGAAUGGGAAAACGGCCGAAACCACGCCACCAGCCUCGACAAAUGAGCAGAGCGAACUCAUGAAAUUUGGCAGUUUGAUCUCAAACUCCAUUAUUAAUCUCCAAGAAACUAUGCAAGAUAGUUUUUCAAAGUUCCGGACCACAAUAGAGGAGACCUGGUACGAAGACGGCUCGGGUCCACAAGAGGUUUCGCGUUAUCAAAUAAGUGAGAGCGGAUCGAGCGGAGAUGAAAGUGCUGAUGAAAAUCAGCCCAAAACCUCCAAGAGACCUCGCAUUGGUGCCUCACCAGUGGGCCAGGAAACUGCUGCCAGGGUAUCGGACCAACCCACAGAUAAAUCUGCAGCAAGCCCUAGCGGGGGAAAAACGUCCUCAGACAACGUGCUAAGCGCCAUUGCUGGGAGACUGGACAUGAAGGAAAAGACGGAGAAGUCAGUAAAUGCACAACUCGCAGAGUUGCAGAUGCCUUCAGAAGGUAGCAGAGGAGGAAGCACAAGGAGUAAUACUUGUUCCAGUUUGGCCAACUCAGACAUUCUUCCCCAUACUUCUGAACAUGCUGAUAGAUCACCCACGGGUUUUGCCAAAGAGGGAGAACCUGCUGAUUCUACCUCACUCCAUGGAACAGCAUCCACUCAAACCAAAGUUGUGGCCGAUGGCUUGUUAUGUCUCUGGGAGUGCCUACAAACAAAAAGCAUUCCAGAUGAAGCUAAGACGAUUAUUCUUAAGUCAUGGAGAACGGGAACAAAGAAGCAAUGUGCAACAUAUCUUAAAAAGUGGGAACACUUUUGUAGUAAGAGACAGAUUGAUAGAACUGAGGCAUCUGUAGAAAAUGCCUUGGCAUUUCUUACUAGCCUUUACAAUUCAGGACUGAAGUAUAGCGCUAUAAAUACAGCACGCAGUGCCCUAUCGUGCUUGGACUGUGGCAGCAGAAUUACAAUUGGUAAUCACCCACUGAUAUAAAGAUUUAUGAAAGGAGUCUUUCAAUGUCGGCCAACAGAAAGCAGAUAUGCAUUUGUAUGGGAUGUACAAUGGGUGGCAAAUGGGUAGCUCUCCUUGAAAGAACUCUUACUGAAAACUGUCUUGCUGCUAGCACUCUUUACAGCACAGCGAGUGCAAUCACUCCACUUACUUGACAUUUCAUCAAUGGAAAGAAGAGCAGAUUGCAUUGUAUUCAAGCUUGAUUUCCUAAACAGUCCAGGCCUACUGUAAAAUCUACCUUCAUUGAACUGACAAAGUAUCCAAGUGAAGAAAAGAUAUCUGCAGUUAGAACUUUGGAGCAAGAACUAAACCUCUCAGGGGGAGUGAAACAAAGCUUUCAUAACCCACUCCAAACCUCAUCACGCUGUUAGUGCGGAUACUCUAAGGAGAUGGAUUAAGUCAUGUAUGGAACAAGCUGGGAUUGACACAGUUGCAUUUGGUGCUCAUAGUACCCGCGCAGCAUCAACAUCUGCAGCCAGGAAAGGGGGUGUGCAUGUCACAGAUAUCCUUGCAAAGGCCGGAUGGUCCAGUGAGAGGACAUUUGGCAAACAUUACAACAUGCCAGUUGUCAGCGACAACGACUAUGUUAAAGCAGUACUGUCUGUAUCAAAUGAUUCAUAACUGUUUGAGCAAUAGACUACAGUACUAGAGUGGAAUUUUUGUCUUCACCACUUUCAUUGAAACAUGUUCAAUUUUCACAUGUGACUUGGUUAUAGCGUUAGCUAUUAUUUUUAGAGUAAAUACAUGCAUUGUUUUUACAACAA